UUCCGCGACGUCAGUCGCUCGUGCCUUGAGCGAAGGGGAAAAUGUCGGUGCGCUGGGGUCCGUCGUGCCACUAGUGAGUUUCACCUCGGCUCUCCGUUUGUCCCCAGCAGAUUUUCCUCCGCAUCAGGGCUAGGCGACCCUCCCGUAGAUUUUAAGCGAAAUUCCCGUAAGGAGGAGUGCUCGGGUGACGUUCGCGCUCAGGAGAUUCGCGGAUCCCUUCGGUGCGUGCCUCAAGAGCCAGGCAGUGUUUUGUGCGUUCAUCGUACGUCCAUUAAACCACAAACAUGUCAGUUACGAUCGGUUUGAUGGGAAAGACGGAGUUCGUCGUCGGGGGCAAAUACAGGCUCAUGAGAAAGAUCGGAUCCGGAUCGUUCGGCGACAUUUACCUCGGCAUCAACGUGUCUAACGGCGAGGAAGUUGCAAUUAAGUUGGAAAACACGCGGGCUCGUCAUCCACAACUCCUGUACGAGUCCAAACUAUACAAGAUAUUACACGGCGGUGUUGGCAUCCCUCACAUACGCUGGUAUGGGCAGGAAAGGGAAUACAAUGUUCUGGUGAUGGAUCUUCUGGGUCCUUCCCUCGAGGAUCUUUUUACAUUUUGCUCGCGGAGGUUUACUAUCAAGACGGUUUUAAUGCUGGCCGAUCAAAUGAUCGGUAGAAUCGAAUACGUGCAUUGCAAGCAUUUCAUUCACAGAGAUAUCAAACCUGAUAACUUUUUGAUGGGCAUCGGUCGUCACUGUAAUAAGCUGUUUCUAAUUGAUUUUGGCCUGGCCAAAAAAUACAGAGACAGCCGUACGCGAAUGCACAUAAUGUACCGGGAAGAUAAAAACUUAACAGGCACUGCGAGGUAUGCCUCCAUCAAUGCACAUUUAGGUAUCGAACAGAGCCGUCGAGAUGACAUGGAGUCCCUCGGCUAUGUGCUCAUGUACUUCAAUAGAGGAUCCUUGCCUUGGCAAGGUCUUAAAGCAGCUACCAAAAAGCAAAAGUAUGAAAAGAUCAGCGAAAAGAAAAUGUCCACGCCAGUCGAAGUUUUAUGCAAGGGCUUCCCUGCCGAGUUUGCGAUGUACCUAAACUACACGAGGGAUCUGCGUUUCGAGGAAAGUCCAGAUUACAUGUAUCUACGGCAACUGUUCCGUAUUCUGUUCCGUACGUUAAACCAUCAAUACGAUUACACAUUCGACUGGACGAUGUUGAAACAAAAGACGGCAAGUGGUACCGUAAGCGGCGGCGCGGCCGCAGGAGGUCCAGGUCAGGCGGGCCAAGUGAUUCAAGCUCAAGGACAAAGUCAGCCAUCCGCUCAGGUCAACGCUCAAUCAGGUGCAUCCAAAGUUACCGAUCCCGAUCGGCCCGUAACUUAAACUCUAAACGCGUCUCUCUAAAUAUCUUACUUCAGUUUAAAUGUUUUUCGCAGCAUUAAUAGUCCAGUAGUUUGCAGUUUACUUCGUCUCUGAAUGAGCCAAUGUAAACGGUAUCAUUUUUAAAGAGAAGGAAAUUGAGGCCUCUAUUCGUCACCGAACUUUCUCAUGUAAUUCACUGUUCGUCUCACUCAUCAAGCACUUAUCGUCCAUCCGCUUUAUACUAUCGCGAAUCAUGUGCUCGAUGUUUAGGUUAAAAUAAUGGUAUCAGUGGCUCGAUUACGGAUCCGUGAUCUUAAGUAUCUUAAAACACGGAUAUUCUUAGAUUGCUCGCAAUGUAAAAACGCGUAAAUUAUUAGGUCCAUGGGAACGUCCGUAGAACAUUUUUUUUACUUCUUGGUGAGUCCAAUCUCGUAAGCGUGUCAAGGUUCCUAUAUAUUUUUUAAAUCAAGUAUCCAAAAUAAUUAUUUCAGAACAAGUCUUGUCCUUUUUGUUUUUUUUUUUUUCCAUUUCCGUAAAGUUACUUUAUAUGAAACCAAGGAUUAAACCGAGUCCUGCUGAUUGUUCAAGUAUACGAUACUUUCACUACUUUUUAGAAUUUGAUUUGUGUAAGAGUUCCAUGAGCUUUCUAUAUUUUUUAACUGUUAAUUCUUGUUAAUUCUCGACGUACGAUAUUGAGCGAUCUAAUGACCAGGUCUCCUUCAGAUAUGAAAUACGUUUUUUGGUUUUGAGAUGGCCAUACGAUGCGAGAAAAAUAUUUACUUUCCGGGUUCUUUUAAAAAGUUUAUCGAGGUGAUUGUCAUUCUUUAUACAAGGAACUCUAUUUUUAUCACGUAUAAAAGUUGUAGAACACAUUAACGCUAGCUCAACGAUCUGUAACGAAAUAACUUUUCGAUCAAUCGCUCACGAGAUAAUGCUACUCAAACUAGAGUCAUUUACAGUGAGGGUUUGGAUUGUUCUUUUCCACGACAUAGUGCAGCACGUGUUACUUUUGUAUAUUCAGUUGUGAAACUGAACACAUGGUUCAUCGAAGGAAUGUUCAAUUACAGGUUAUUGCAGGUGUUUCAAUUUCUUUUACAAGUAUAAAUAAUGUUUAUACAGUGUGAUUUCAUCGUGUAAUUCUGUCAAAACAAUGUUAUGGAAAAAUAACGCGUAAAACGUUUUUUUUUCUCACAAUUGGCCACUUACAUAAUAAAAUCAGAUUAUAUAUUGGAAAAAUUGCAAAGAUGUUAACUUACAAAAAGCUGAUCGAAGGGAUUAAUUGUUAGAUCACCCUCUAUACUUGUACAUAGUUAACGAUCUAGAGUACGUUUUAUUUACUCCAUAAGUAGAAAUUAUAUGAUGACGCUGUGGACGUGUAAUCAGUUAAAUAUUUGAAACUCGUUUUGCUUGUUCUUCCAGCAGAAACUAUGAUGACAGUAGCUGAUAUCUCGCAAAUUAGAGUCCAGUUAAUAAUGCACUUUUAAAAUUAGUUAGAAUUUAAGACCCUAGUAGCCCGAGCCGGUCAUUUUUAAAUGAUGACUUCAGAAGCGAAGAAAUCGCAUGAAAUUUCCAACCGGUAUUUUUAGAAAAACGUGACACUUUACUAAGAACUAGUACUGAAAGAAAUUAGAUAAUUACGAUAUGCAUCAUUGGGUCAAUUUUUCACGAAACGUGCACUAGAAAAUGAGAUAUCAUUUUUUGAAAAUCGACCCGUCAAGACCGUUCACUUAUUUAAGUAUUACAUCCAUAAAUACAGAAAAGGAAAUAUAAAUCCAUACUUUAUUAAACAAACGUUCUUAAUUGAGGUGUUUUUAAAUAAUUUAGAUAUUUAAAAAAUAAUACAUUUAUAAUUACUAACUUGACUUUAGUUUGUCAAAGCCCAAUUUGAUACAAGACCGAUGUUGCUAGUGCAACAUAAUCCAUAGCUGCCACUGUGGAGUUAUUGCGAUAUCAAUCUAUAUCAAUCGCUAAGAUCCUGAUUUCUCUCGUAGUCCAAAAUCUCACUUGAAAAUCGACCGAGAGAAAAGGAUAGAUUGAAAUUGAGUACCCAAGCCAAUACACAUACCUUGAUUUUCUCGUUCGAGGGCCGUUUAACAAAGGGGCUCAGACAUUCAACUUUCGAGUUUGAAUAAAAUUUACUAAACUUAUAAUGUGUAAUGCAAACUAGUAAAUGUUUAUACACAAAAUAAUAAGCACCCCCUGUUACGCAGUUCCGAAAAAUUAGUCAUUAAAAAUUUAGCUGGACUGUAAAAUUAUCAAAAAUUCGAUUUACUGUGAAUGACAUUUUUUUUUGUGCAACUUUGUUGACCUCAAGAUGAUGCGAAAGGCGCUGAGAAAUUUAUACGAGGUCAAUGAAUAAAAAUUCAUUUAUACCCUCUUUGGUGGUAACGUCAGUUUGAAUACUCAAGUGGUAACAUAAGCUGACGCGUCCAGUUACCGACAUUUAUACUUAUGUUGAAGUCUUUUACAGUCUACGUUGAGAAUUAUACAAACUGAAGCGUUUCAUACGUUAUUUUCGUAAAGUAAUAAUGAAGGGAUCGAUGUAAAACUGUCGAAAUCCUGUGAAUUCAUUAUUCUAACGUGUGUGUAGGACCAACGUCGCCAUCUGUGACGUUUAGCUGCAACUUAAUUUUUGCUCCAAAAAUAUGCGUUAUCCACGGGGCAAGCUAGCAUUCUCUUGUAAUUGUUGGUGAAAGUAUUUUCCAUAUUUUCCCAUCUGAUACCCAUUCUCUGUAAUAUUCCAUUUCUGUGGUAUUCUAAAUUGUUGUAGCUAGGUUCUGA